AUUACUUGUUCUAUAUUUCAUUCAAAUUUUGUGCUCUCUGUUUGUCAGUUUGCUGGUGCCGCACAGUCUCUUGGUGCUGGAGCAAUUUUGGUGAACCCUUGGAAUAUUACAGAAGUUGCUGCCUCAAUUGGUUAUGCUUUGACUAUGCCAGCUGAUGAAAGAGAAAAACGACAUCGACAUAACUUCACGCAUGUUACCACUCACACAUCACAAGAAUGGGCAGAGACUUUUGUCAGUGAACUCAACGAUACUGUUGUUGAAGCACAGCUAAGGACUCGGCAAAUUCCUCCUUUACUUCCUAAAAGAGAGGCCGUUGACCAUUAUUUGCAGGCAAAUAAUCGCUUGCUUAUUCUGGGAUUUAAUGCAACACUAACUAAACCAGCAGACACCCUAGGGAGAAGGGUUGAUCAGUUUAAAGAUAUGGAGCCUAAGUUACAUCCAGAAUUGAGAGAACCCUUGAAAAGACUUUGUGCUGAUCCAAAGACCACAAUAAUUGUCCUUAGCGGAAGUGACAGAAAUGUUCUUGAUGAGAAUUUUGGAGAAUAUAAUUUGUGGUUGGCCGCAGAACAUGGGAUGUUUCUGCGCCUUACUACAGGAGAUUGGAUGACAACAAUGCCGGAAAACCUAAAUAUGGACUGGGUUGACAGUGUGAAGCAUGUUUUCGAAUAUUUCACUGAGAGGACCCCCCGUUCUCAUUUUGAGCUUCGUGAAACUUCCCUUGUAUGGAAUUACAAGCAUGCAGAUGUUGAAUUUGGGAAGCUUCAGUCGAAGGAUCUGCUACAGCACCUAUGGACAGGCCCAAUUUCAAAUGCUUCUGUUGAUGUCGUUCAAGGAGCGAGAUCCGUUGAGGUCCGAGCAGUUGGUGUAACCAAAGGUGCUGCAAUUGAUAGAAUCCUGGGAGAAAUAGUUCAUCACAAUGAUGAGAAGGCUCCAAUUGAUUACGUUUUGUGCAUUGGCCAUUUUCUACCAAAGGAUGAAGACAUUUAUACUUUUUUUGAGCCAGAGCUUCCUGCUGGACCAGCAUCAAGAGCCAACUCUCUCAACAGAUUUACUUCAAAUUCAACAGGGCUUGCUGCAUUCUGCCGCAAAGCUCCUUUACCUUUUCCAGCCCCAGAGAAGAAAGGCACCUCCACCUUGUGUAAUGGCCACUGGUGGUCUAGGAUGCGCGAGAGGAUGACUAUGCAUGAAGGGCCAUCGGUUCUUGAUCUCAAGGGUGAGAAUUACUUCUCAUGUGCUGUGGGCAGAAAACGUUCCAGUGCAAGAUAUCUUCUGGGAUCAUCAAGUGAAGUUGUGUCAUUGUUGAAGGAGCUAGCAGCUUGUCGGCAGUGACAUUGUGCCAUUAGACGAUCAAUAACCAGAGAUGAGAAUGUAGUCAGACAGGCGACAAUCUCAAGUGUUAAUUCAAAUCAAGGAGGGUUACCAUCAUAGUUUGUACUCUAAUCAACACGUGGUAAGUUAUUAAUUUCUUCUUGAUGCCAAUUGGCGUAGUUGAGGAAGAUGAGUAAGUUAUUAAUUUCUUCUCCAUGCCAACGCGAUUGAUGGUUAUGGUUUAUAUGCUUGGACCGGCAGCUGAAGUUGAAGUUGCUCUUUGUUAUCUUUUCCUGAGAUUGUGAAAACCAAAUAAACCAUUUGGGCAAUUGGGAGGGCAUUUUCUGUGAGCUGAUAUUCUCUAUUAAUGUCCAUAGUGGAUUCAAUGCCUAAAGUAAUACUCUUUGAAUGAAAGCAAACACAUUUAUACCAAAAGGAUUGU